AUGACGUGCGCGGGGAAGCGGGGCAGUCCCGCCAUAGCUCGCGGCCGUGUAUUUAUCAUCAAUGAAGCCUCAAAAAACUCAAAUACUGGAGCAAUAGCAGCAGUAGCAAGACUUCCGUCGUUGAAAGCCCACCAACACUUUACCGACACUCCCCAAAACAUCUGGAAGAGAACAAUGGCAUCACUACCCAAGACCAUGAAGGCCGUCCUCAUCGAACAAACCGGUGGAACAGACGUCCUCCAAUACAAAACCGACGUCCCCGUCCCCACACCCAAGGACGGCGAAGUCCUCGUCAAGAACGACUUCAUCGGCAUAAACUACAUUGACACAUACUUCCGCUCAGGCGUCUACCAGCCCCCACACUUCCCCUACAUUCUCGGCCGCGAGGGCGCAGGCACAGUCGCAGCCGUAGGCCCCAAUGUACCCUCUGAUCUUCCCGUAGGUGCACGUGUAGCAUACAUGGGCCAAUACGCAUAUGCAGAGUACACGGCCGCGCCAUCAAACUACACGGUGCCUAUCCCAGAUAGCAUUGACAGCAAGACGGCCGCUGCGUCCCUGCUGCAAGCCUUGACCGCCGUAACGCUCAUCCGCGACGCUUAUGCCGUGCAAAAGGGCGAUUGGAUUCUGGUCACGGCGGCAGCAGGGGGUGUAGGAUUGUGGCUGUGUCAGUUGUUGAAGGCGGUGGGUGCAAGAGUUAUUGCGACGGCGAGUACGUCGGAGAAGAGGGCGCUGGCAAAGGAGAAUGGGGCAGAGGUGCUGCUGGAGUAUCACGAGGACGAUCGCGACGUGUUUGUUAAGAAGGUGCUUGAGGUUACGGGUGGCGAGGGUGUGCAUGCCGUGUUUGAUUCGGUGGGUAAAGCGACGUUUGACAGCUCGCUUGCGGUGGUGAGGCGCAAGGGGACCAUGGUGAGCUUUGGGAAUGCGUCCGGUCCUGUCGAGGGCUUUUCUCUUGCACGGCUCUCUGCGAAGAACGUCAAGUUGCUGCGUCCAACGCUGUUCAACUACAUCGCCACUCGCGAGGAGCUUCAACAGGCUUCGAAGGAACUGUGGAACUUCAUUGAUAAGGAUGGUUUGAAAGUCAAGAUUCACGAUGUCUAUCCAUUGAGCGAUAUCGUCCGCGCAACGGAAGAUAUCCAGAGCAGGAAGACGACGGGCAAAUUGGUGUUGAAGCCGUAA